UACAUUUACUGAUCGCUGAAUCACUGUGCGUCUACUGCCUUUUUCGUCUCAUCGUUCUGUGGUUUCUGAAUUUCCCAUCUACUGUUGUUGGACGCAAAGGCCGUGGGUUCCCUGCACAUUAUUCUUGAAGCCAAACGGCAACAGACUAUCAGGAUACCAUCAGCUUACUGUUUUCUGAAUCUUGGUACGCUGUGAUUGGCAUUGACAUCCACUCUGCACCUCAAAAUGUCCCUGGAAAUAAACAGCGAAAUUUCUCCGCUCUCCGAUUUCGACACAUGGCCCAUGUUCUAGACAUUUCCAAGAUUUGCGCGAUCCGCUCGAAGUAAACGUUGAGCAACCAACUUGCUGAUUUCACUAUCCUAACCCAUACGUUGCUCGCCGAUAGGCACAGUACAGUACGGAAGGCUGUCACUGGGGCACUGAGGCUUGAAAUGCCAAGACGAGACAGGACAUGGGGCUUGCUCGUCCUGAUGCGUCUGCCCUCCUCCGAGGGGAUGCUACCUUGAUCGACACACUUGUCUACCAAAGCAGAAGGGUCCAUGAAACAAACCCAAAGAGAAAUGAUACCGUCGAAAAAAAGGAGGAGGAAAAAGAACACUGAGUGUCUUGUGGCUUGCCUCUGAAAUUAGCCAAUGUUCCUCUGAGACUUAGAUUAAAUACCCAAGCAGCUUUUCUGAAGCCAAUACACAGCUACUUUUUUAUUUUUUUGCAUACUUUCGGCCAAUUGCAUCCAACAUUUUCAGGCCGGUUUGUGUUCUGAGCACUGGAAAGUGGCGUAUGUGCCAUGGCAUUUGGGCUGUGUGCUGUAUAGAAACAGUACCCGCGAUGGGAGACUAAUAACAGCACUGAUUCUCUGGUCUCUUCCUCUCGAUCCAUAUAUUGUUAUUAACCUCUCUUCUUUCCCCCCAGAUUUUUUCUCCAGUUUAGUGGACCAUAUUGAUCCGAAUGAGCACUGUGGCUCUAUAAAUACACGCCCCGAAAUUACUGACCUCCCAUAAGCUAGCAGCCUAGCACAAUAGAACUCACAUGCCAGUACAUUUUUAGCCUGCUGUGUGGAACACUGAAGUGCAAGCUACCCAUGCAACUUGCAGGUUUUGAGAACUUGUGAGUUGCACGCCCACGCUGGUCAUGGCCAAGGCACAGGUCGUCGCCCGGAUCACUGUCGAGGUCGCGCCGUCCAUCAUCAGGCGCCGCCGGCGCGGGCUCCCGUUGACGGUGCUGGACACGAUAGCGGAGGAGGAGAAGGAGGCGGCCGUGGUCGCGGCCAUGGCGCCUCACCACCGCAGCAAUGUGACAGCCGGCCGCUACGGCGCCGGGGACACCGCUGGCUCCUCGGCGCACGCCGGUGCCGAGAAGGGGAAGCGGUGCGUCGGCGGGAGCAACGGUCCUUCAGAGCACGGGGAGGAGCGGCUCGCGACGGGCAAAGCGCGGUGCUCAAAGAUCGCCGCGUGAUUGAUUCCCGUCGGCGGGGAACUGGACUUAAUUAGUCUUGUUACUAGCUUGGUACAGUGUAUGAUGGUGCUGUUCUCCUACGUUGUGGGCUCAGGCUUAGGAAUGGGCGAACUGCUUCCUAAUCAUCUAGCGUCGGGUUCUCUUUCUAUUUCCUGUAUGCGUAGAAGUACGGCAGUCUGGACAUGUAACUCUCUCUGCUCAUGUCUGAUACAGUUUACAGUUAAUACAAUGGAUUGCAGUUUCA